AGUAAUUCAGCAAGACGGUUCGAUUAGCGUGUGUUACUGUGUGUUUUCUUUAUUUAGUACACAGUUCCAUAUAUCAUGUAACAGUACGCAUUAUUAAUUCAUCGUGUCAAGAUAAAUUCGUCUCGGCUUUAAUUUGAAGCAUCUCAGACAAGCUUAGCUUGCUAGCUGCUAAUAAAGAGACGCAGAAGUUAUCAACAGCUAAGUUGAGCUCAAGUGUGAGUGUAAAAUGUGUAAAGUACAAAUGCUGAGAGCGUUGGUGAAUCAGCGACUAACUGCGGUUGUUGAAGAAAUAUUUGUAGUGUUAGAAAGAACGAUAGCAGAGUACGAGGAGGAACUUUUUCGAACAAAAGAAGAGAAUGAGCGACAACGUCAACUACUGGAUGGUGUUUUCAAGGCGCAUCAAGGUCACUUGGAAUAACUUUACCGAGUGGAGGAGCAUUGCCAAGAAGUGAAAUGUGGAAAUGAAAGAUGAAGAAUGGCAGGCUGUAAGAAGAGGAAAGGAGACAAAACAGGAUGUCAGUGAAGACCAUCUACCCCCUGAGCAGCAGGAGGAAGCACAGCCCCCCCACAUUAAGGAGCCAGAGCGCACCCACAUUAAAAUGGGAGAGGGUGAUCACAGCGUCAGUCAGGAGGGAGAACAUCCUGAAGGACUGGAGGAGUUCCCAGUGUUUGGUGUCCUUGUGAAGAGUGAAGAUGAUGAAGACAAAGAUCAAAGUGAGGAAAAGAGAGAGGUGGAGCCUCCAAGCGGCAGCGCAACACAACACAUAACAGAAGCUGAUGGAGACCACUGUGGAGGAUCACAAGCGGACAUCCUCUUAUCUCCACUAUCAUAUAGUGAUGACACAACGCCACGCUGUCGUGACAGUGAUGAUGAAGACUCUAAAGCUGAUAUGACACGUCACACUGACAACACACUCUUUAAAUGCUCUCAAUGUGACAGAACGUUUGGCUACAAAAAGAAUCUGAAAAGACAUAUGAGAUAUCACACAGGAGAUAAACCGUUCUUCUGCUCAUUUUGUAUGAAAGGAUUCUACGAGAAAGCACAUUUGAUAACACACACAAGAAUACACACUGGAGAGAAACCAUAUUCCUGUUCACUCUGCAACAAAUGUUUCUGUGAGAGUUCAGGGUUGGAUCAACACAUGAGAAUACACACUGGAGAGAAACCGUUUACCUGUUCAGUGUGUGGUAUAAGUUUUGUACGGAAUCAAGAUUUGAAAAGACACAUGAGGACACACACCGGGGAAAAACCUUUUACCUGCUCGGUGUGUGACAUCAGAUUAUCUCAGAAGUCUCAUUUGACAUCACACAUGAGAACACAUACUGGAGAGAAACCUUACACUUGCUCAGUGUGUGGCGUCAGAUUAUCUCAAAAGUCCCAUUUGACAUCACACAUGAGAACCCACACUGGCGAGAAACCUUAUACCUGCCCGUUCUGUGGAGUAGGAUUUGCUUAUAAGUCAUCUUUGACAAAACAUACAAGAAUACACGCUGGAGAGAAAGAAUUCAGUUGCAGUGUGUGUGAUGAAAGAUUCUCUUUUAAGUACCACGUUAACAAUCACAAGUGUGCUGGUGAGACCAGCAGCAGGCAAUGAAGCUACAGGACUUUAUUAUUAUUGAGGAUAAUCAUUUGAAGGAGGGUGUUGUGGAAAGAUAGCAGAAGUGACUGCAGUAGUAUCACAAGCUGUCCAUUUCUGUGGCUGUAUG